UACAACCAGAAAUAGAAAGGUCUGUUUGGUCAUUUACGGCCACCACCUUUUCCCAUUCGUUUUCAAUUUCAUCACUCGUUUUUUUCUCGUCCUCCUCCUCUGACGCCGAACAGUGUCUGCACUCACACAGAACCAGAGCGCGCAAGAGAGAGAAACCAAAAAGAAGAAGCGAGCGAAUAGAGAGAGAGAUAAAUAGAAAGCGAAAGCGUAAGAACAACACAACAACCCUAACGUUUCUCAUGGAAAGCGUGGCGCAUUCUCGGCAACCACCACACAAGAAAAUCACCACCGGCGCCGGCGGUUUCCCAGCGGAAACUCUAUACGACCACGUCUACGGAGGUGCGGCGAAGUUCUCCGGCGGCGGCCACCACCACUCCCUCUCCCCGCGCUUCGAGGACUACGGGGAGAUUUUUGCGAGCUUCCACGCGCCACGCGCCUCCGCCAUUCCGGUGUUGGAUCUUCCGGCGCUCGACGCUGCCGGCGAGGUUUUCUUCGACUUCCGAAACGCCGCCUGCGACUACUCCGAAAUCUUCCGCGGCUUCGACGGCCUCAACUUUUGGCUCUCCUACGAGGACUUGUUUCGCGGCAGCGUUUCCGAAGAAGACGAUGAAGAAGAAGAAGAAGCCUGGUCACCAGUGGAAACUGAUUCAUUUUCUGGAGACUUUGACCAUUUUGGAAUUAACGAAGGGAUGCCAAAUGGAGAUCAUUUGCGGCCUUUUGAUGGAAGUACAGAGUUCAACGUUUCGUAUCAUAAAGUUGAUGGUUCAAGCAAUGAAGAUAUGUCAAAGGGGAAAACUCAUAUAAGUCAGCUGCGCGCUGAUCCUGAAUUCACUCAUGUAUUCGACGAAAUCAUGCACUUUCAUAAGACUGAUCCUUCCUUACAGGUUGUUGAUGAUGUUGACCUUGAUAUGGAAUUUAAUGCAAGCCAGGCAAAGAGAAACCAUCUGAGACAAACGGACUCAUAUCCGGGUAAUUUUGAUUCUGGUGAACAGGUUCUUGGUAGUGAUCUAGAUCUGCACGAUGGAUGCAACAGAAAUGGUUCUCAUUCCAGUGAGACAUUCGUAACUGUGUCUGACAUCAGCCUCAGAACUCUACCCUCUCAAGUGCCACCGCCUUCUCGCCCACCACCUGCACUGGAUGCAAAACUGGGGCACACCAGUGGAUUUUGUUCAAACAAUGAGUGGGUUGAUUCUGAAGAGACUCUAGGUGACACUUCGCCACCCUUCCUUGAUGUGGAGGUUGAUACAAAUUCAUCUACUGCUGCUAUCAAAGAAGUCAUGCAUAGACCUGAAGCAAAACAUAGGAGUGCUGAAGAAGUGAAGGAGAGAAAGAAGGGGUUUUUAGAAAGCAAUGUAAAUUCAAGUUAUGAUGUAAAAAAUAGUGAAGCAAAGAUGAGUAUGAAUAUAAGUAUAUUUAAUAGUUUGAAUGAUGAGGGAAUGCAGACAACUUGUGAUCAGAGAAUUGGCAAAAAGAAAGUUUCUGCUACAGAUGAAAGGCAGAAAACUAGGAAGGCUACCCCAGAAACUGUGGAAUUGUUAGAAGGGGAAAGACUUCAAAACAUGUUUGAGGAAAUGCACAUCAAGGAAUCCAGAGCAUCUCAAGAAUCAGAUAGAAGUACCGGAGUUGGGAUGUGGAAAGAAGCAACUGAAUUUUUUGAACUGGUGGGAACAGUAGAAUCUGGAACAGUAAUUCAGCCCAUAAACCAUAGUAAUACUAAGAGUUUGGUACAAGAUACCAGAACACAUGAGUGUGGCAAGAAAGAGCGAGAAACAUUUAACAUUAAAGAAGAAUACAGAAAUGUUAAAGAAGUUGUAGAAGGUUAUCAGCUGGAGGAAAGCAAGAAGAAAUCGAAAGCAGGAAAUGGGGCUUGUGAACAGGGAAAAAACAUUAGGAAAUCUAAAUCAUCUAACGAGGAAUGCAGGCAGAGAGAGCAUGUGAAGAAUGAGGAAAUGGCCGAAAUCUUUGAGCUUGAAAAGAGUGAGAAGGCAAGAAUGGUCCACUUGCAUGGAAAAACUGAAAAGAAAGUACCUAAGGCUGACCAAUCAGGAAGCUUAAAAGAUGUGUCUGAGAAACAAUGCAAGGAGCAUAAACGAGUAGAGAGCGAGGAAUCAAAAGAGAUUGAUAGGCAAAAGCUAAGUGAAGUUCAGUGGAGCACGAAGCAUAUGGAACAUGAGAAAAAACUAAAAGAGGAUGAACAGAAACAACUGAGUAUGAAAAGGCUCAAGCAGUCUCAGAAAAUGGAAGAGAAUGGAAAAUUUCACAUAGAAGCUUUUGCUCUUAGAGCUGCAGAGAAUGAGCAAGGGGUGAAAGGUUCUUUGAAGCCAGAAAUAUUUGAAAGAUCAGAUGAGACCUUUAAUCUGGAUAGCUACAAGGACAAUUUGACUUGCAAAAGCGAAAAUGAGAUUGUCCUUGAAGCUAAACAGAUUCAGAACAAGAAGGAAUUGAAAGAAGCGUGUAAAAAUGAAGUUGAGAAAAGCCUCAAAGGUUCUUUUAAAUUGGAAGAAAAUGAAGGCUUAAAGAAUGCUCUUGAGCAGGUAGAUAAUGGAAAGGGACUUAAACAAGAUUUUGAACUGGAAAUGAAUGAGAAAAGAACUAAAGUGACUUUUGAGCUGGGGGAAAAUGAAGCAUGUGAAAGAGAUCAAGGUAAAGAGAAACUUAGUGAGAUUUGUGGUGGGUAUAGAAAAGGAAACAGACUAAAAGAUGUGGGUGAUGACAUGGGGGUUCAGAAAGUUCUGAAACAAGCUCCAGAUCUACUAAAAAAUUGUGGAAAUGAGGCUCAAAGGAUGAAAGAAAUUGAGAGCCCAUCCGGCCAAGCAUUUGACAGGGACGCAGUUGUGUAUAUAUCAUGUGAGGAUGGUCUCUCCAAGCAAUGUCAGAGGAUGCUCAAAGAUGCUAACAAGAAUGGAAAACAUAAGGGAUUGGACAAAGCUUUGGAACAAAUGGAAGGUAACGGAGAAGGGAUAAACAUGAAUUUUGCAAAAGAAACCAAUGAGACAUGGAAAACAGAGAGGGAUGACUCCAUUCAUGAAGAAAAUAUUCGAAAACCGGAGGUAUGUCAAGGCCCUAUUGCUGACCAAGAAAUUGGAAAGACAGAAACUGACUGCAAAGUUGGUGAAAAGAAAUUGGAAAAGGUGUGUGUGGAAAAUCCAAGGGAUAACAGGGGAAAAGGAGCUUCUGAAAUGUCCCAAGGAGAAGCAGAGCAUUCAGGAAAGGUGGCUUGCACUGCAACAAAUUUCAACGGUGAUGAGCAUAGUUUUAGUUGUGAACAGACAUGCACUGAGAAAACUAAGACUGCCCCUCAAAUGGAAUUUGAUGUUCAAAGUGGAGAGAGGAAAAUUGGUGAGAGAGAAAAUACUAAACAGCAUGUGAAUGUUGCACUAAACCCCGUAGAAAGCAGGGACCAAAUGCCAUCAAGCCAAGGUGAUUACAGAAGGAACACUGUAGCUGAUGAACCUGCUGCAGUGCAAGAAGUGGGGAAUAUCCAGAAACCUUCUCAAAGGGCUCAUGUAUCACAUUCCACCAGAAGCAAAGAGAAAAAUCUUAAUGAAACUUCUGCCUCAGUAGAGAAAGAUGUUGAGAGGAUAAGAAGAGAUAGAGAGUUGGAGAAAGAUCGUCUCAGAAAGAUAGAAGAGGAGAUGGAGAGAGAAAGGGAAAGACAGAAAGACAGAAUGGCUGUUGACAGUGCAAUGCUAGAGGCUGAGAGGGAAAGGGAAAGAGAAAAAGAUAGGAUGGCGGUUGAUAAAGCAACUUUGGAGGCUCGUGAUAGAACAUAUGCUGAUGCUCGUGAGAGAGCAGAAAGGGCUGCAUUUGAGAGAGCAACUGCAGAAGCUCGACAAAGAGCGCUGGCCGAGGCCAGAGAAAGACUUGAAAAGGCAUGCGCUGAGGCCAGGGACAAAACAUAUGCUGAUAAGGCAGCUGCAGAAGCCAGAUUGAAAGCAGAGCAAACUGCUGUAGAAAGAGCAACUACAGAGGCUCGAGAGCGUGCAAUGGACAAAGUUAAGGUUGAUAGAGCUGCAUUUGAGUCCAGAGAUCGAUUAGUAAGAUCUGUCUCUGACAAAUUUAGUGUUUCUUUCAGAUAUGGUGGGAGACAGGGCUCUUCAUCCUCAGAUAUGCUGGAUCCACAUUGUCAGAACUCUAGCUCUUUCACGCAUUCCAGAUAUCCAUAUUCCUCAGUUUAUGGUGCUUCCUCUUUUACUGAAAGAUCAGAACGAGAAGGUGAAUCAGCUCAGAGGUGUAGAGCUAGACUGGAGAGGUAUCGCCGAACAGCUGAGCGUGCAGCAAAAGCUUUGGAAGAAAAGAACAUGCGUGACCUUGUAGCCCAGAAGGAGCAAGCUGAGAGAAAUAGAUUAGCAGAAACCCUGGAUACUGAAGUCAGGAGGUGGUCAAGUGGAAAAGAAGGAAAUUUGCGUGCAUUACUUUCAACCUUGCAAUAUAUUCUUGGGCCUGAUAGUGGCUGGCAGCCAAUCCCACUCACAGACGUCAUUACUUCUGCUGCUGUAAAGAAAGCUUACAGGAAGGCCACCCUUUGUGUCCAUCCUGACAAGUUACAGCAACGUGGAGCAAGUAUUCAACACAAAUACAUAUGUGAGAAAGUCUUUGAUCUACUAAAGGAAGCUUGGAACAAAUUCAACUCAGAAGAGCGAUAGCACACACUGUUCUGUUUUUUAACAUUCCCCUUUGCAAGAGAGCAGUUCCCUUACCUAGCAAUAUGAGAUUCUGCAGAUACCUCGUUAUUUUUAUCAUUUUCCACGUUCUGUAAUAUUAUUAUUCCCUGAAUAUUUAUAUGUAAGAAAUAUUCAUCCUACUUAUAGCAAAAAUUAAAAAGUAAAUACAUACAAAAAAGCAUAUAGGGGCUUGCAUUUAUAUGACCAACAAACUUUUUGGAAUUCCUGUUCUGAAUCUUAAAUCAUAAUAUAUUUUAAGGAUAUAAAACACCAUGAAUCUGCAUGGAAUUGGCUGAA